UUCACAGUUCAGGCAAGACCGAACAUCACAACAACUAUAACAACAACGUUGUUCUUGUUCCAUCCACGACCCAUCAUCAUCAUCAUCUUGCUCCCAGCCCGCCUCAUAUUCACAUACAUAUAUAUUUAUAUAUAUAUAUAUAUAUAUUGAGAGAGAGAGAGAGAGAGAGAGAGAGUGUGAGUGAGAGAGAGAGAGAUUCGUGUUUGUCAGCGCGCUACUCUGCUAAUUUAAACUCGAAAACUUCAAACAAAGCCCCUCCCCACCAGAUCCCAAAACCCUAACCCUAACAAACUUCACUUUCACCUCAUACAUACGAAGAUUCAUGUUUUAUUCACCCGACCCACCAUCUCCUCCAACGUCCGGAGCUUGAAGUAAGUUCUGUCUUCACUUGUUGUCUGUGUACAGGGGAAACAAAAUGGAGGAUGAAGUAGUUGUCCCCGAUCGGUCAUUGGCGGUCCCCAGAUCUGAAUCCAAGUUAAUGACCCGGGAAAAGCGGAGCAGUGCUGAAGUUGGGGGAGAAUCUGAAGUUGGUCGUAAGCGAGUGAAAAUACGAGAUCUUGAUUCCGUGAUUCGAUCGGAAGAAAUUGAAACCCAUUAUCCAAAAUCUACAGAAAUGGUUGGAGCCAGUCACCAUUGUUCCUCUACUGAAAAAGAGAAGCCCCAAGGAUUCUCCAAGGAUGCUGCACCAACAAAUUCGGAGAGUGCUCAAGCAGAAAUAACAGGAAGGGACAUACCAUCAGCUUUGGCUGAUCCUGCCCGCACUUCUAUUGAUCUGGAUAACAAAGUCUCCCUAGCUAUCAGUUCAGCCAGCAGUGAUAAGUUGGCAGGCACUGACAAAUCGUUGUCAUCCGGGACACAUGGUAUAGAACAUGAUGCUACUUGUGCAGUAUCAAGGGGAUUCUGCUUGGAUCUUAAUGCAGAAGGUGUUUCUAGCUCGCUGAACCAAGAUCCAUUUUAUCCUUACAAGAAUCAAGAACAAUUGAGAGCAAGUGAUGCUUCAGAGUGUGGGAGCACUACUGGUACACGGCAGGAGAAAGAUCCGAUGAGAAUUUGGAAAGAGAUGAAGCAAAAUGGCUUCCUCUCGUCCUCUUAUGGAGGCAUAUCUGUGGCAAAGCAACGUGGGAGGAAAAGUAGAAGUGAUGGGGACAAGAAAAGACUGGAGCUUGCCAGAAGAGAACAAACUGACAGGUUUGCCAGAAUUGCUGCUCCUAGUGGACUGCUGAAUGAGUUGAACCCUGGGAUUAUAAACCAUGUGAGAAACAGGAAACAGGUUCAUUCAAUAAUAGAGGCCUUAGUGAGAUCUGAAAAACAUGAAAAUCAUCAUGCUGGAGGAAAACAAGCUACCUCAGCGAAGACCGGUGGUAAAGAAAUUACCGGCAAGAAGAAGGACGUCGAAAAUGUGAGUGGUUUAGGAAUGAAUCCAGUUGAUAUUUCUCAUGAAGAUUCCCGGAGCACUUUGUCAGUGAGCCAGCAGACAAGGGGUUGGCCAAUGUCAAUGACUGAGUCAUGUCACUUCAAUGUAGAUCACUUGAGGAGAGAUGAUGGUUUGAUCAAUGUUGGGAGGACUUUUGGUAAAAUUCAUGGUACCUCACACCCCACCCAUGAUAGCAAGGACGAUACUCUUGCUCUGAAGUUGUCAUCGUCCACAACUACAGCCUCGCAGAAUGCUAGUACUCUGUCUAAUGAGGACUCAGCAGAACCAACCAGUUUUUCUUCCCUAUCUGUCAACGCUGCUAAUGUGGCUUAUCACUGGUUGGAACUAAUUCACCAAGACAUUAAAGGGCGUCUUACAGCACUACGACGCAGUAAGAAGAGAGUUCGAUCAGUGAUCCAUACUGAACUGCCUUUCUUAAUGUCACGGGAGUUCUCAUUCAAUCAACAGAGUGAUUGCUACGUUAUGAAAAAUGCUUCUGCUGGAUGCUCGGACAUUGCAACUGUUAACUUGCAUAGAGCUAGGUGGACUGCCGUAUUUGGUCAAAUGGAUAAAGCACUAUCCGAAGAAGAGAAACAUUUGGAAAGUCGAUUAAAACAAGUAAAAGAAAUGCAGCUCCACUGCGAAAAGGGCCUAGUACAUUUCCAUGUUGGUGCAUUUCAUGGUUCACAACAGCUGGGUAGAUUAGAAAAUGACUUGAGGCUAGAGGAAGAAGAUAAUUCAGAAAGGGAAUUAGCUGUUAGGGCAGCUGCAGCUUCCAUAUACUCAACAUGCAACUUUCUGGUGUCAAAGGAAAAUUUACCUUGUUCCUGACUGUUUUUGCCUCCAAUCUCACAUUACAUUGCCCUGUUCCUAAUUAUACUCGACUUUUUUCCAGCCUCAUUAAUCUCCAUGUGCAUUUAGCAAGCCAGUGGGUAGAUUUUUGCCAGUGGAGGAGGCUCUGUGAGUUUGUUAUCUUGUAAAAUUAGAAUGUGAUAACAUUAUACAUGUCAGUUCUAAUUGCCAUUCUGAAUAUGAUAUCUUUCAGAGUUUGUUGUGAGAAUUUUAACUGUUAACAUCAGAGUUGGUUUAUUGAUUCACAAUAUUUGAGUUGUGCUCUGU